AUGAGCAAGGCUUAUGACCGGGUAGAGUGGUCCUUCCUAGAAGGGGUUAUGCUUCGUAUGGGAUUCGAUGAGAAGUGGGUGGCUAUCAUGGCUGAGACUAUUGGUUCGGUUAAUUAUCACAUCUUACACGAGCAGCAGCAGUUUGGCCCUAUCAUUCCAGGAAGGGGGCUGUGGCAAGGGGAUCCCUUAUCUCCCUAUCUUUAUCUCUUUGUUGCCGAAGGUCUAAGCGUGCUAAUUGAUCAUCAGAUGAGGAGUACGGCGGAGGAAUGUGUUAAAAUGAAAUGGGUGCUGGAUACGUUUUCCGCAGCAUCAGGACAGCAGAUUAACUAUGAUAAAUCGUUGCUUUGUUUUAGCUCAAAUGUCCAACAACAUUCUAGGCUUGAACUUGCUUCUGUCUUAGGGGUGAAUGAGGGUGAUACUACCGGCAAGUAUCUGGGAUUGCCGUCUUUAGUAGGCCGCAGGAAGAAGGAAAUUCUGGGGUUUUUGAAAGAGAAAGUGUUGAGUAGAGUACGGAGUUGA